UGGGUCCCUGAUGGCUCCUCCUCUGCUUCCCCAGAUCCCGGCCCAGGGACUGAGCUGGUGGGCAUCGUGGGGGGGCAUGAUGCUGCCAAUGGGGCGUGGCCGUGGCAGGUGGGCCUUUGGUUCUGGUAUCAAACAAGUUCUGAGUGGAGUCUCGAUUGUGGGGGCUCCCUCAUCCAUCCCCAGUGGGUGCUGACCGCUGCCCACUGCAUUCCAGGGAGAAACCCAGAGACUCGGCACAUUAAGGUCCAACUAGGACGAGUGAGACCCUCAAACAAUGACAGUGUGCAGGCGGUUAGGAUCAUCCUCCACCCAAACUACAGCCUUGAGCAGGGACCAGAAGCUGGGGCGGACGUGGCACUUCUCAAACUGGAGGCCCCGGUGCAACCAUCUAACCUAAUCGGGUUGAUCAGCCUCCCGCCAGCCUCCUCCGCAUUCCUCCCAGGCACACGGUGCUGGGUGACUGGCUGGGGUGACAUUGCUUCUGAAGAGCCGCUGCCAACGCCCCACAAUCUGCAGGAGGCGGAGGUCCCCAUCGUGGCGAAUGAGAUCUGUCAGUGGCAAUACCGCGAUGUUAUCCAGGACGACAUGCUGUGUGCUGGGAGCAAAGGCCGGGGCACCUGCAAUGGUGACUCUGGGGGCCCCUUGGUCUGUAAAUGGAGGGAGACCUGGGUCCAGGUAGGCGUGGUGAGUUGGGGGCCCGAGUACUGUCUUCCCAACUUUCCUACAGUCUAUGCCCGAGUGACAUCCUUCUUGCCUUGGAUGCUGUGGCUGCUGAUCCUGAGCCUCCCAGGCCAGGGGGGCUCCGUGCCCUGGUUCCCAGGUCCCGGCUCAGGGAGGCAGCAGGGUGGCCCCGUGGGGGCGCACAAUGCCCCCGCUGGGAGAUGGCCUUGGCAGGUCAGCGUCCGAAGGUACAAUAAGGAGCUGGAGCUGUGGCAGCACCUCUGUGGGGGCUCCCUCAUCCACCAGCAGUGGGUGCUGACCGCAGCCCACUGCACCCAGCGGGAGGACUGGGAGGCCUAUGGCCUCAGGGUUCAAGUUGGGCGGCUGAGACUCUAUGACCAUGACACACUGACAAAUGUGACUAAGAUCGUCCGCCACCCCAAGUUCAACCAGAGCCU